CACAGAGAGAGAGUGAGAGACAGAGACACACACGCACACGCACACGCGCACACCCUCCGCUCGGCCCACUGGCCCCCCAACGGCCCGAUCGCACGCGCUCCGCUCGAUACUUUGUUGCGGUUCCGAGUCACGUUUGUUGCUCUUUGAAGUGCGAUUCCGAUUCGGCUCUUCGUUCCGCUCCAUUAUUGCUGCUUCUUUCUGUCCGCGACGGACCGGACAGGACAGGACCGGACCGGACCGGAUCGGAUCGGAUCGGAUCGGGUCGAACCGAACUGCGGCCGGCGGCGGAGCUGCGCUUGAACCGGCGGUUGUUUGUGUCCUUCAUCGUCAGUCAUCAUCGGUGACCACCGGUCAUCCUCUGUCUGUAUUGGGGGCCUUUCCUGCUCUCUGGACCCUGUAGUGUAUGUUUGUGUGUGUGUGUGUGUGUGCGCGCGCGCGAAUGCGAUCAACCCCCCAACAAACACACAGACAAACGGACUAAUUCCAUAAAGGAUCUCAGCAGCAGCGAACGUACUUAGUAGAACUAGAAGGAAGAAGGAACGAACUAACCAACGAGCGGGAGGAGAGGAGAGGAGAGGAGAGGAGAGAGGGGAGGAUCCUCUUCUCACGUGGCCCCGAGCCGAGGAUGAGAGUGUGUGUUCUGCGAUGAUGCUGUGAUCUGUGAACUGUGAUGUGAGGACGACUGCGCUGCGGUUCCUCCUGACAGAGAAACAAAACAAACAAACAGAGACUGAGUGAGAAAAGUGGGGCUCCUGCUUUGUGGAUUAUUGCCCUCCUUCUGGAAGGUGAGCCUGGAAGUUGGACCAGUUUUGCAGAACACCGAGGGCCUCUGCUGGACCCUCUUGUGGGACCGUCCGCUGCUGGACCCUCCUGUGGGACCGUGCACCGCUGGACCCUCCUGUUGGACCUUCCACUGCUGGACCCUCCGUUGGACCCACUGCUGGAUACGUGGCCGGAUCCACCAUCGGCGUUGCGAAGAGUGAGGGGAGCACAGGGGCAGGAUGAGGCCGGAGACUCGGGCGGCUCUUCUGGUCACUCUGGUCAUCGUGGUGACCGAGUGGGGGGGACACCCAUGUGCGGAAAUCUGCCAGAGCAAGAACAUCCGCAACAACGCGACCAACCUGCGGACGCUAGAGAACUGCACGGUGAUCGAGGGCCACUUGAAGAUCCUGCUGAUGUUCAAGACGAAGCCGGAGGACUUCCGAGGCCUCAGCUUCCCCCGCCUCACCGUGGUCACGGACUACCUGCUGCUCUUCCGCGUCUACGGCCUGGAGAGCCUGCGGCAGCUCUUCCCGAACCUCACCGUGAUCCGCGGCAACAACCUCUUCUUCAACUACGCCUUGGUCAUCUUCGAGAUGCUGCAGCUGAAGGACGUCGGGUUGCCGAGCCUCAUGAACAUCACGCGAGGCGCCGUGCGCAUCGAGAAGAACCCGGACCUCUGCUACCUGUCCACUUUGGACUGGUCCAAGAUCCUGGACAACGUGGAGGACAACUACAUCGUGGCCAACAAGAACGAGCGGGAGUGCGGCGACGUUUGCCCCGGGGCGGUGCGGGAGCCCAGCUGCCCCCAGACCAUGAUUAACGGUCGCUUCGGCGAGCGCUGCUGGACGCAGGACGACUGCCAGAGAAUGUGUCCUCCGGCCUGUAAGCACAGGGCGUGUUCCCGCGACGGCCGCUGCUGCCACGACCUCUGUCUGGGCGGCUGCCGGCAGCCCCACUCGGCCCGGCACUGCGUGGCGUGUCGCGGCCUGGAGCAUGAGGGCGUGUGCGUGGAGCGCUGCCCCCCCGGGUUCCUGACGUUCCGCGGGUGGCGCUGCGUCACCGUUGCCUUCUGCCAGGAGCUGCACCACCAGUGUAAGCGGAGCAAAGACGGAGACUGUCACGAGUACGUCAUUCAUGACGGCGCCUGCGUGCCCGAGUGCCCCUCCGGCUACUCCAUCAUCAACUCCACCACGCUGAGCUGUAUGCCGUGUGCAGGGCUGUGCCCCAAGGUGUGCGUCGGUGAGAACAUCGUCGACUCGGUGACGGCUGCUCAGGCUCUGCGUGGCUGCACCGUACUCAACGGCAGCCUGAUAAUCAACAUCCGCGGUGGCAACAACAUCGCAGCAGAACUGGAGGCGAACCUGGGCCAGCUGGAGGAGAUCACCGGUUUCCUCAUGGUUCGGCGCUCCUACGCCUUGGUGUCCCUCUCGUUCCUGCGCAAGCUCAGGGUCAUCCGGGGGGAGGAGCAGGAGGUCGGGAACUACUCUUUCUAUGCGUUGGACAACCAGAACCUGAGGCAGCUGUGGGACUGGUCUAAGCACAACCUGACCAUCCUGCAGGGUCGCAUGUUCUUCCAUUACAACUCCAAGCUGUGCAUGUCGGAGAUCCGGAAGAUGGAGGAGGUGACGGGCACACGGGGCCGCCAGGCCAAGAACGACAUUGCGCUGAAGACCAACGGAGACCAGGCCUCCUGUGAGAACCAGGUUCUGAAGUUUACCCAGGUCCGCACCAUGUCUGACAAGGUCCUCAUCAAAUGGCAGCCCUUCUGGCCACUCGACUUCCGAGACCUGCUGGGAUUUAUGGUGCUCUACAAGGAGGCGCCAUACCGGAACGUCACUGAAUUUGACGGGCAGGACGCGUGCGGGUCCAACAGUUGGGUGAUUGCAGAUGUGGACCCGCCCCCUCGAGCCAGCGACAGCAAGGAGCAGCAGGAGCCGGGUUACCUGAUCCACCCGCUCAAGCCCUGGACGCAGUACGCCAUCUUCGUCAAAACGCUGCUCUCCGCCUCUGAUGACCAUCAAGUGAACGGCGCCAAGAGCGAGAUCAUCUACGUGCGGACCAACGCCACCAAGCCUUCGGUACCCUUGGACCCCAUCUCCUCGUCCAAUUCCUCCUCCCAAAUCAUCCUGAAGUGGAAGCCGCCCACUGACCCCAACGGCAACAUCACACACUACCGGGUCUUCUACCAGCAGCAGCAUGAGGCCAGCGACCUCUACAAGUUUGACUACUGCCAGAAAGGGAUGAAGCUGCCCUCACGGGCACCGACCCACGUGGACAGCGAGGAGGCCCAAAGGUGGAACCAGACGGAAGAGCAAGGCCAGGCCGGACGCUGCUGCGCGUGCCCCAAAACCGACAAGGAGCUGAAGAAGGAGGCGGAGGAGUCCGAGUACCGCAAGACCUUUGAGAAUUACCUGCACAACGAGGUGUUUGUGAUCAGGUCCUCCAGACAGCGGCGGUCUGUAGGCCGGGUGGCCAAUACGACUUCGUCCCCUGCCAUGCGAGACGCCUCCAUCCCUGCACUCCCAGACGAGGAGCCCAGCAAGGUGGUCCUGUCUGUCUACGGCAAAGAGUCGACUGUCAUUUCGAACCUGCGGCACUUCACCAGCUACCAGAUCGAGAUCCAGGCCUGCAACCACCCCAUGGACCCAGCACGCUGCAGCAUGACCGCCUACGUCAGCGCCCGCACCAUGCCCGAGGAAAAGGCUGAUGACAUAGUGGCUCCCAUCACCUUUGAGGUCCUGGAUUACCAUGUGCACAUCCGCUGGCAGGAGCCCAGGGCCCCCAACGGCAUGAUCAUCCUCUACGAGGUUAUGUACAAGAGACAGGGCGACUCGGAGGAGCUGCACCACUGUGUAUCCAGGCUGAGCUACACGGUUGACGGAGGCUGCAAGCUGAGAGUGGUGCAUCCUGGGAACUACACGGUUAAGAUUCGGGCCACCUCCCUGGCAGGGAACGGCUCCUGGACGGAACCGAGGCACUUUGUUGUCCAGAACCCGCGAGACCACUUCAGCGUACUCAAGGUGGUCAUCGGUCCUGUCAUCUGCGUUGUCCUGCUGCUGGUCGUGGCCACUGUGGGCUUCCUCAUGUUCAAGAAGAAACAAACCGAGGGCCCCACGGGGCCCCUUUACGCGUCGUCCAACCCAGAGUACCUCAGCGCCAACGAUGUGUACGUGCCGGACGAGUGGGAGGUGCCACGCGACAAGAUCGUCCUGCUGCGGGAACUUGGCCAGGGCUCCUUCGGGAUGGUGUACGAGGGCGUCGCCCGGGACAUCGUCAAGGGGGAGUCAGAGACGCGGGUGGCCGUGAAGACGGUGAACGAGUCGGCGAGCCUUCGCGAGCGCAUCGAGUUCCUCAACGAGGCCUCCGUCAUGAAAGCCUUCAGCUGCCACCACGUGGUGCGGCUGCUGGGGGUGGUCUCCAAAGGGCAGCCCACGCUGGUGGUGAUGGAGCUCAUGACUCACGGGGAUCUGAAGAGCUACCUGCGCAGCCUGCGGCCCGAUGCCGAGAAUAACCCCGGACGCCCCCCGCCCACACUCAGGGAGAUGAUCCAGAUGGCUGCAGAGAUUGCGGAUGGCAUGGCUUACCUCAACGCAAAGAAGUUUGUUCACAGGGAUCUGGCUGCGCGCAACUGCAUGGUGGCCGAAGAUUUCACCGUGAAAAUCGGAGACUUUGGCAUGACCAGGGACAUCUACGAGACGGACUACUACAGGAAGGGCGGCAAGGGUCUGCUUCCUGUGAGGUGGAUGGCGCCGGAGUCCCUGAAGGACGGCGUGUUCACCGCACACUCGGACUGCUGGUCCUUCGGCGUCGUCCUCUGGGAGAUCAGCACGCUGGCCGAGCAGCCGUACCAGGGCCUGUCCAACGAGCAGGUCCUCAAGUUUGUCAUGGACGGCGGCUUCUUGGAGCGACCCGACAACUGCCCAGAUCGACUACACAACCUGAUGCAGAUGUGCUGGCAGUACAACCCGAAGCUGCGGCCAACUUUUCAGGAGGUCAUCGAGAUGAUGAAGGAGGAGCUGCACCCCAGUUUCCAGGAAGUCUCCUUCUUCCACAGCGAGGAGAACAAGGCGCCUGAGAGCGAGGACUUUGACCUGGACCUGGAGAACAUGGAGAGCAUCCCGCUGGACCCGUCCUCCUACUCCCAGCGCGAGGGCAGCCUGGGGGGGGACAGCGGACCCUCUCUGAGCCUGCGGGGCAACUACGAGGAGCACGUGCCCUACACGCACAUGAACGGGGGCAAGAAGAACGGGCGCAUCUUGUCGUUGCCCCGAUCGAGUCCUUCUUAGCGGCGUCCUUCUCUUCUCCGCCUCUUUCCUUCACCGUUCAGAGGCUCCGCACAGCUGAGCGCAGGACGUUUUUCCCGGUUUGUCCUUCGUGUCUCAGCGGUCGCGGCCGAGGACACGAGUCUCUUUCGGUGUUUAAAAAGCAUCGCCAUCCCGCUCGCACCCCCACCCCGCCCCCUCUGUUUUAACUGUUGCCAAUUUUCCAGGACGGGUUCGUGGGGUCACCUGUGACACUGCCCCUCCGCCCCUCCGCCGGACAGAUGGUCCCCCGCACUGUCGUGCGCCGUCUCCUGCUGCGCCACCUGCGCGUCGUGCCCUUUCGCCUUUUACCGUGUUGCCCGCGUAGCGAGGAGCAGAGCGGUGGGCAGCGUGGGGCGCCGCGCUCGGAGUCGGGACAAAUGCGGCGCGUCGAAUCGCCGAGGAGCCUUCGCUGGUCUCGCUCUCCCUCUUCAGCAGUAUUCCGGAGCUCUUGCUGGACGUUACAUUUAAUUUAUUUACCUUUUCAUUUGUUCAUGUUGUUCUCACAUGAGAUGAUAAUAUUUAAAGUGUUGCAAAGAAAUUCGACAACCGAGUUCCACCGCUGACCAACAGCUGCUGCUCUCACUUGUUUCAGUGGCUAAAGAUCAUCCACAAUAUUGAUGUUUUCUAUGUAGGAGGUGUGUUUGUCACUUUCGUCAGUGGGAUGUUUGUUCGUUUCUCUCUUCCUGACCUUUGGGUCUUUGUCAAUGCGACGCGGGAGUCGCGCCGCUGGACCUGCGUAAGCGCCGCGUUCCUGGAGGCGUGGAAUGACUCUUCUCUCCACCUCCCGCUUCACGCGUUUUCCCAGGACAGCCGCACCCAAUGUGGGACGCGGGACGCGGGGACUCGUUACGUGCUGUACGGGCGGCCGUUUAAAAAGGACAUUUUCAGCGAACGGCGCGUCGCACUCUGUUACCAACAAGGGACGGUCUUCAUUAAAG